GGAAGAGCCGUGGGGGGAAAUGUAGGCCAAUCCCCAGCGCGCUUGACACCAUUAACGCAAGACCUGUCUCACUCAUUCCCUUGCCGGCUCGGUUUUUAUUGCUUAGGCUUUUUUUUUUUCCUUCCCCUUUUUGUGUGUGUUGCCUUGGUGGAUUCCUGAUGACGACCUGCGUACGCUGAAAUUCUCUCUCUGGCGACUUCUUGGUCUAGAUUUGCCUAGUUUUCAUGAGUUGUCAAGCUCUGUCGGCUCAGGGGGAUGGAUGUUCAGUGACGGACGGGGAAGCUUCAGUGAUAGUUGAUAGUUCAAAUCUCUCGUCCCAUUGAUCCGCCUUGCAAGACGCUUUGAUUCCGUUUCAAACAGUACUUUUUGUUUACAUACGUACUGGGCAAAAUGAGUGUAAUGACUGGGGGCUACGGCUAUGCCGUCUUGUGCCGAGUAUGUGGAGACAAAGCAUCAGGGUUUCACUACGGCGUUCACGCCUGCGAGGGUUGCAAGGGCUUCUUCCGUCGCAGCAUUCAGCAGAACGUCAAGUAUCGCGUCUGUACCAAGGGAGACGAAUGCCUCAUCAUGAGGAUUAACAGGAAUCGCUGCCAGUACUGUCGACUCAAGAAGUGCCUCCACGUUGGCAUGUCCAAGGAUGCUGUACGUCUCGGACGAUGCCCUAAGAAAUGCAAACCUCAGGGUAUGCCAAUCCCGUCCCCGCCCAAGUCACCUUCAGGUGAAUACAUCAUCAACCCAGAGGAGACUCAAAUGAAGAUGGAGCAGUUGAUUCUUAGUAUACAUGAAGCCCAGAAGAAAACGCUAUGGGAUUGCUUUACAUUCAACGGAUGGAGCGAGUACUUUCCAUCUAUCAUUAACAGAAAUAGCAUUGCAACAAACACCCAGAGUCAGACCAAACUUAUUACUGACCUCGUGACCAACAACUUCACUCCGUCAAUCACUCGCAUCAUCGGCUUUGCCAAGAUGAUUCCAGGCUUCUUGAACCUGGAUAAAGAUGACCAGAUCAUGCUACUCAAGGGCGGAUCGCUGGAGGUUUUAUUGGUCCGUCUAGCUCAGGUCAUCUCGGUUAAGGAUGGAAUGUGCGCACUAAUAGAAUACCACAAGGAACUUAGCCAUGACGGGACCAAGAUAACACCGCUGAUCGAAAUCAUCCAGGAUGUCAUUGAGUUCGGACUGAAAUUCAAGCAACUGGAGCUAACCAACUGCGAGGUUGCGUUAUUUACUGCUGUCAUCCUAUUAUCGGCAGAUCGGCCAGGCCUACUAAUACCUGAUCAAAUCGAGACAUUACAGCUUCAGAUUGUUCAAGCUCUCCAGUCACAGAUUCUUCUCAAUCAUCCAAACGACCGGCUGGUCUUCCCUCGUCUUAUGAUGAAACUAUCAGACAUACGUCAGUUUAGCGUCACUAACUCUGACAGAAUGAUCAAUGUCAUGGAUGCUAGAAGUUGAGGAACCAUCACUGAUCCAUACAGGGGGGGGGGAGGGAUAAAGCGAGCCCUGGGAUGUUUAUCUAUCAAUCGAGAGAAUUCAGUAAACAAAACAAGAGAUAUUUUCUGCGAUUAAUGUUGUUUUCGUUAGCAAUCUUCCCUUUCCAGUUUUAUUGGGAUACGAUGCAUUGAAGAACUAGGCCGUUUUCAUAGAGAUGCAAACCACAAAAAGUUGCUCAACAAUUGCUUAGCACAAAUUAUUCGGCCGCCAGUCAAAGUUAUGUGCAUUUCAUAGCAUUUUUAACUGAUGAGCAUUUUUUUCUAAACAUCUGUUCUUUUUGCUCAGCAAUUGUUUUGUGCUUGAUUAGCAGUUCAUAUGAAAUAGACCCUCAGCUUGGUACCCAUUGUUUGUUUUUUGGUUUUUUUGGGGGGGGAUGUCCGUCUGAUGUGCAGAGUAUAGUUGAUUGGGAAGAAUGAAACUCAUAUCAGUGGUCGGCAAUCAAAUGUUAACAAACUGUUGAUUGUCCAACAAUGCACGAUUGGUUGAGCCAAUAUUGUCCUCUUCAGUCUCAAAUAAAUAAAGGGUGUUUAAAAUAAAAUUAAAAGUUGAAAUCCCUUGCCCUAACAACCAAAAAUUUAAAAACACAAACCGGAGAAUAUUUGCAAGUGUCGACUUAAAAGUUUCUAAAUUAAACAAAGGAUAGUAAUGUUAGAUUUUAAGCAAACGUCUCAGUAGGUUUGUCUGUCAAUCAUCUUCUGAUAGUUUUGGUGUCAUCAGUUUCAGAGAAUUAAUUACUCAUCUGAAUUCUUUCAAACGAAUAUCAUCUGGUAUUCCAUUCAAUAUAUGUUUCAUGUAGACAAAACAAAGGUUUGAGAAUGAGUAUUUUCCCAAAAAAUUUGGGUGACAUAAAAAUAAAAGGCUAAGUGUCUGAUGAAAUAUUUGCAGACACAAAUUCACCCAAUCCUACGUGGGAUUUGAGCUUGUUGCAAAAUUGUUGUGCAAUGUGAAUUGCUCUUGUUGGCUACAAGUUUCUUGCAAAGAAGAAUUUCUUUCAUGUCUGCAAGCUAUAAUCUUUUAUAAGGCCCUUCAAAAUAAACAACAUUUUUGUACAGCGCAGCCAUCUUUGUAGUUGGUUUCCUAAUCAUACAACUGUGAUUUGAUAAAUAUUUGAAGAAAGGAACCUGGCUAAUUUUUUCUUCCAGCCUCAGUUCAUUUACGUAAUUUCUGUGGAAGAAGCACGCAAUGUCUGUACUGCACAAAAAGUAGUGUUAUGCCUACCAGGGUUUGGUAGGCAUUGGUACUUGUGUUAUGCCUACCAGGGUUUGGUAGGCAUUGGUACUUGUGUUAUGCCUGCCAUGGCAUAGUAGGCAUUGAUAAUAGUGUAAAGCCUGCCAUGGUUUGGUAGGCAUUGGUACUUGUGUUAUGCCUACCAGGGUUUGGUAGGCAUUGAUAAUAGUGUAAAGCCUGCCAUGGUUUGGUAGGCAUUGGUACUUGUGUUAUGCCUGCCAUGGCAUAGUAGGCAUUGAUAAUAGUGUAAUGCCUGCCAUCUCUUGGUAGGCAUUGGUAAAAGUGUUAUGCCUACCAGGGUUUGGUAGGCAUUGGUAAAAGUGUUAUGCCUGCCAUGGUUUGGUAGGCAUUGGUACUUGUGUUAUGCCUGCCAUGGCAUAGUAGGCAUUGAUAAUAGUGUAAUGCCUGCCAUCUCUUGGUAGGCAUUGGUAAAAGUGUUAUGCCUACCAGGGUUUGGUAGGCAUUGGUACUUGUGUUAUGCCUGCCAUGGCAUAGUAGGCAUUGAUAAUAGUGUAAUGCCUGCCAUGACUUGGUAGGCAUUGGUAAA